AUGAUUCCCGUGAUUCAUGUUGAAUCGUCAACAUCCGGAGGCCUGAGGUCACGGGAGGGAACUCUUGGCAUCGACAACAAACCAAACCUUGGAACAUCCGCAAAGGAAUCAGACGUCACGACGCAGCCAGACAGCGGCAAUGGGGCAUCAAGGACGAUAAGGGAGACCGCAGGAAUAUACGACGGACGACGACAAAGCAGCGUUAUCCCGUGCCACCCCCUUUGCUCCCGGCCAAUCCACUGGCACUGCGCUGUCCAACCUCGGAACCCUGCUCCACCCUGGUCUCGCCUAGCUCGUCCUCCCAGCCUCUUCUGGCUCCAACCACGCCAGCCAGCAGCUUUCGUGCUUCAGACAUAUAUCUCCGCCUCUCCUCCACCUGUCUCUCAAUAG